CCGCUCUCGCAAUCCCGGGCAAACCCGUCAGCCCACCUGCAGCAAACCAAGGCGGGGCGGCGGCUUUCUUCGUCCCCCCUCCCCAUAACGUCGCGCCCUCCCGGGACCUUUGGCUACCUCGUUCCCCUCUGCGCCAGUGCGGGGCGCAAGUCCUUCAGCUCUCCGGACAAAGGAGGACCCGACUCCCGACCCCGCUCUGCGCGCUCCUUUCCCGGCGGCGGCCAGCUGAGCCCGGUGGAUCGUCAUGGCUGGGCGCGAUCUUGCCACGCUCGCCUUCUGGCUCCUGCCGGGGCUGCUGGUGGCCUCCGCGGACGCCGCCGGCCUCUACUUCCAAGAAGGGCAGAGCUGCUACAAGCCGCUGCCGCGCAACCUGCCCGGCGUCCGAACCUAUCCUCGUCCACAUGAAUAUUUGGAUAUCGCUAAGCUGCCCAAGAGCUGGGAUUGGAGAAGCAGAGAUGGAGUCAAUUAUGCCAGCACCACUCGAAACCAGCACAUUCCCCAAUACUGUGGAUCCUGCUGGGCUCAUGGCAGCACCAGUGCUCUAGCAGAUCGCAUAAAUAUCAAGAAGAAAGGUUCCUGGCCCUCGGCGUAUCUCUCUGUUCAAAAUGUAAUUGACUGUGCCGAUGCUGGAUCUUGCGAAGGUGGGGACGACAGUGGCGUGUGGAAAUAUGCUCAUGAACACGGUAUCCCGGAUGAAACAUGCAACAAUUAUCAAGCUAAAGACCAAGACUGCAAGAAAUUUAACCAGUGUGGAACAUGCACCACCUUCGGGAAAUGCCAUGUGAUAAAGAAUUACACCCUCUGGAAAGUGGGAGAUUAUGGCUCUGUGAGUGGCCGAGAGAAAAUGAUGGCGGAAAUCUAUGCAAAUGGACCCAUCAGUUGUGGGAUCAUGGCUACCCCAGGCCUGGACAACUACACCGGAGGAAUUUAUAGUGAAUAUCACUCUUCAUCUUUCAUCAACCACAUUAUCUCUGUGGCUGGUUGGGGUGUGGAAGAUGGAACUGAGUACUGGAUUGUCCGCAAUUCAUGGGGUGAGCCGUGGGGUGAAAGAGGAUGGCUGCGCAUUGUGACGAGUGCAUAUAAAGGUGGGAAAGGAGCUGACUAUAAUCUGGCUGUUGAAGAACAGUGCACAUACGGAGACCCCAUCGUACCUUGAAUUCUUUUGCGAGAACUUUUUCAGCUAGGGGUUUUUUUACUUUUGAAUGGGAAAAUUGCUUUCUGAAGGAUUGGCAGGCAACAUACGGACUGGUAAUUAAACUGAAUUUUCAAUCUUUUUUUUUUUUCAUUAAAGAUUUUGUAUAAAUUUUCAAAAUGAAUUUAUUGAUUCUGCUGAGAAAACCUUGCACUGUUUUUCAAAUGGAAAUGAACUGUGAUUUAACCUUGACCUUUUUCAGUCAGGGUUCAGGCUGGGAUAUGGGAGUGAGACUGUGUAUCUAUGUGCUCUUAGGGCAGGGGUCUCCAACCUUGAUAACUUUAAGACUUGUGAACUUCAACUCCCAGGAUACCUCAGCCAGCAAAGCUGGGAGUUGAAGUCCACAAGUCUUAAAGUUGCCAAGGUUGGAGACUCCUGCUCCUAGAUGACCUCUGCUGGGAGUGGGAUGGGGGUGGAAGGUCCUAUUCCCGCGGCAUAGAAUCAAAAUCAUAUCUCAGCACCCUUCAGUACUAUCGAUUAUGGCGUCCUUCUGGACUGGCGAGAGGCAUUGUCUUGGUCUCCUUCCUCUGGGGUCAGUUUCAAUUGAUUUUGGGGGAGGGGGGAAGAUGUAGCCCACGGCCCUUAUUUUGUGGGUGCCCCAGGGCUCAGUUCUCUUUCCUCUCCAAGUUAACACAUACAUGAGGCUGCAGGGUGAGGUAACCCAACAGUUUGUGGUAAGGUAUCGCAAUAACUUCUUUCUAUCUCCAUUCUGGGCUGCCAUAGAUUUCUUGUCUCCGUGCUUGGAGACUGUAAGAAAAUGUAUGGGGCACAAUCGGCCAAAUAAGAUAGAAUGGUUUUGGGCCUUCCGGUGACAAAGUUUUACCACCAUUAGUCCUGAAUGUGGCGGCACUUGGACUGAUGGCUUCUGCUAGAAAAACAGGUGGCAGCCAUGGCCUGGAGAGCCUUUGCACACCUUAGGGUGAUGUACCUGUUGUGCCCGUGCCUGGAUUAGGAGGCUUUGCUCACAGUCACUCAUGCCCUCAUGACUUUUCUUCUGGACUACCGCAAUGAGCUCUACAUGGGGCUGCCCUUGAAGAGCAUUCUGAAGCUCCAACUGGUAGAGAACGCAGCGGCAUGGUGAGUAAAGGGUGUCAGAUAUUCAACACAUACAACACCACUGCUUUCCAAGUAGCAUUGGUUAUCAGUGUGUUUCCAAGUGUAAUUCAAGGUAUUGGAUAUCACCUUUGAAGCACUACAUGGUUUGAGGCUGGGUUACCUUUGGGACCAUCUUCUCUGUCAGGCAGGUUGAAAUGUUGCAGGUCCCGUUAGUCAAAGAAUGUCACUUGGCAGAAAGCAUGAGAAGUGCCUUCUCAGCCCUCCAGAAGAUUCUCCCUUGACAUAUCAGGAUGACCCCCAACCCUGUUGGCCUUCACACAACUGUUGGCCUUCACACAACUGUGGAAUUGUGUGUCCAGGCUUGGAGACCAAGUGUGUUAAGGACCCCGUUUCCUGGCUGUGUUAACAUCCAUAGUAGCAGUUUUACUUGGUGCAAUAUAUAUUUUGUACUUUUAAAUUAUUUUAAUGUUUUAUGAUGUACGCUACCCAGACUCACUUGAGAUGGGCAGCUAUAGAAAUCGAAUCAAAUAAAUAAAAAAUAUAUUACAAAUAA